AUGUGCAACCGUGAUCAAGCUCAAAUGGAAACUAUUGAAAGUGGAAAUGGAAGCACUUCUGAAGUAUCAAGCAGAGAAGAGCAAUUUGACAUCAAUAGCUGGUUGCCCAUAACAGCUUCAAGGAAAGCAAAAUGGUGGUAUUCAGCUUUCCACAAUGUUACAGCUAUUCUUGGUGCAGGAAUACUUGGCUUACCAUUUGCCAUGUCACAACUUGGCUGGAUCCCUGGAAUUGCAAUGAUUGUGAUAUCUUGGUUGAUAACUUUUUAUUCAUUUUGGCAACUAAUCGAGUUACACGAAGCAGUUCCCGGCAAGCGAUUCGAUCGGUAUCAUGAAUUAGGGCAACAUUGUUUUGGACAAAGUCUUGGGUACUGGAUAAUAAUGCCUCAACAAAUGACUGUUCAGGUGGCUACCUCCAUUGUUUACACAGUCACAGGUGGAAAGUCAUUGAAGAAGUUCUUUGAUCUUCUUGUUCCAAGCAUGAGUAAUGUUAGACAAACAUAUUACAUCCUCUUCUUCACCUGUGUUCAAUUUUUCAUCUCCCAGACUCCCAACUUUAAUUCUUUGAAAUCAGUUUCCCUCCUUGCAGCUAUUAUGUCUUUUGGAUAUUCAAUGAUUGCCUUUGUUGCAUCUACAAUUAGAGGAAUUGAACAUCACAGAGAAGUUGUACAUGGAGUCAGAUCUCAUACAACAGCAGGGAAAAUAUUUGAUAGUUUGAAUGGAGUAGGAACAGUAGCCUUUGCUUUUGCAGGACACAGUGUGGCCUUAGAGAUUCAAGCCACAAUUCCAUCAACUCCAAACAAUACAUCAAAAAAGCCAAUGUGGAAAGGUGUUGUGGUGGCUUAUAUUAUUGUGGCCUUCUGCUAUUGCUCAGUUGCAAUUUCUGGGUUUUGGGCAUAUGGCGAUGCGGUUGAGGAUGAUGUCCUCAUCUCACUAGAAAAACCUCCUUGGCUCAUUGCUCUUGCCAAUCUUAUGGUGUUUGUCCAUGUCAUAGGAAGUUAUCAGGUGUUUAGUAUGCCAAUAUUCGACAUAAUUGAAUCCUGUUUGGUACAAAAGAUGCAUUUUACUCCUGGAAGACCUCUGCGAAUUGUUGCUCGGAGCACAUAUGUAGCUACAGCAGGAUUUAUCGCAAUGUGCAUUCCUUUUUUUGGAGGAUUAUUAGGGUUCUUUGGAGGCCUUGUGUUUUCAUCAACAUCAUAUUACAUGCCUUGCAUUAUGUGGCUAGUCACCCAAAAACCUCAAAGGUGGAGUUUUCAUUGGACUGCAUCAUGGAUCUCGAUCAUCUUUGGGGUCCUGCUUGCAACUCUUUCACCAACUGGUGGAUUUCGACAAAUUAUCAUAUCUGCCAAGACUUACAAAUUGUUUUCUUAAUACGCUAAGUAGAUUGGUUGCAUAUAUUUUUUAUCUUGUUGUUUGAAGGAACACUUCAGAAUUAGAAUUAGUAUUAGAAUGCAUAGUAUAUGUGAAACUGUGAUGGAAGCUAGGAUAGAUAUUAGCGGUUACUU